CUGUGUUUUCAUCAAUCAUCACAUUAUCAUUUUGUGCGGAGAGGAUAUCAUCAAGAACAAUAACAACAACAUCAUUUCUCUCUCUGUGUGUGUAGACAAAGUAGAACAGGAGAAGAUUUUAUAGUAACAAAACCCGACGAGUGAUUUUGAUAUCAUCACGAAAGAUUGUAUUUUCGAUAUUAUACAUCAUCAAUAUAAUUUAUAUAGUAGUACUACAUUAUUUAAAUAAGAAUGCCUGCAACACACUCAAAAGUAGAAUUGCCAACCAAGAGUGAUUAUUGGCUUGAACAAAUGAUUCUUGAUAUGAUUCAUUCGUUUGAUGGACUCACCGCUAGGAAAGUACUCACAAGUAAAUAUACAUACAUUGCAAUUGCACUUGCUGUUGCUGUCAAGUUUGGUUCAUCCUACUUGUUAAAAAAGAAGAAGAAGAAUUUACCAGCACACAACAAACCACGUUCCUCAAAUACAUCAAAAGAUUCCACUUUGAAAAAGUUCUGGAGUUUGGUUAAAAUUGGUCUUUUUAAUCCAAAUGGAGCAGGAAAUUCUAGUGCAAUGAAAUAUAAAACAGAUCCUGCCAAUGGAAGAGAAAUAUGGAUUAUGGUUGGCCUUGCUUCCCUUGUUAUCUUCCAAACAUAUAUUGUUAAUAGAAACAACAGUGUCAGUGGUGACUUGAUGGCUAGUUUAGUUGCCAGAGAUUCUGCAACUUGUAUUUAUAGAUUACUCCAAAUUACAGGUAUUUUAAUCUUACAAUCUCUGGUCAAUCCAUCCGUUACAUCACUUAUUGAAACACUUGCUUUGAGAAUGAGAAAGAAUUUGACUAUGGAUAUUCAUGAUCGUUAUUAUACAGAUAUGGUUUACUAUAAGAUUUUGAAUUUGGAUAAGAGAGUUGGUGCUCCAGAUCAAAGAAUUACUCAAGAUGUUGAAGUUUUCUGCAAACAAUUCUCUGAAUUAUUUAUGGAUCUCUUGAAUCCAAUUGUAGAAGUUUUAUUGUAUACUUACGAGCUUACUAGAUUGAUUGGUUCUGGUGGUCCACUCAGUAUUAUUUCAUAUGUCGUCAUUGCCUUUGGUGUUUUGGGUAUGGUCACACCAAACUUUACAAAGAUGUCAUCUGAAGUUCAAAAUAAGGAAGGUAAAUUCAGAUCCAUUCACAAUAGAUGUAAGAAUAAUGCCGAACUUGUUGCCUUCUAUGCUGGUGAAGAAACUGAACGUUUGAAGAUUGAAAAACAAUUCGAAGAAUUGACAUCAUACAGUGACUAUGUCAUUAACAAGAAUUUCUUAUUCGGUGUUGUUAAUGAUUACUUUACCAAAUAUUCUCCUCAUGCUGUUACCUCAGUCAUUGUUGGUAUUCCAGUCUUCUUUGGUAGAUUACGUCCAUUGCCAAAGGACAAACUUAUGGGUCAAUUGAGAUAUUUAAUCUCUGUUGUUGCAUUUGAAUUCUUUGCUUUGGGUAAAAUCAUUGAACUUUUCAGAAAGAUUUUGAAAUUGUCAGGUAUGACACAACGUGUCCACUUGUUGUAUCAAGUCAUGGAUGAACUCAAGCAUGGUAACUCUGAUAAUGUUAACUUUAAGUUAAAGUCUGCCAAGGCUGGUGGUUCAGGAGGUGAAAUUCUUGAAAGUGAUGAAAUCAAAUUUGACAAUGUCAUUAUCAGAACACCAGAUAAUAUUACAUUGGCUCGUAAUUUAUCUUUCAAUGUUGGUAAGAAUCAACACAUUGUUAUUACUGGUCCAAAUGGAGCUGGUAAAUCAUCAUUGUUUAGAAUUUUGGGUUCUUUGUGGCCUCUUCACAGUGGUAUUGUCUACAAACCACAAGCUAAGGGUUCAAAUGCUCAAGGUUUGCACAAGGAAAUCUUCUACUUACCUCAAAAGCCAUACAAUGUUAUUGGAUCUCUUCGUAGUCAAAUUAUCUAUCCUGAUACGCAAUUGAAGGAUGGAUGGAAAGAUUCUAAUUUGAAGGAACUUUUGGAUGACUUUAGUAUUGGUUAUUUGGCAGGACGUCACUCAGAUGGAUUUGAUGGUAAACAAGAUUGGGACACCUUGUCAAGAGGUGAACAACAAAAAUUGGCCAUGGUUCGUCUUUUCUACCACAAGCCAAAGUAUGCCAUUUUGGACGAAUGUACCUCAUGUAUUUCUGCCGACUCUGAACAAGAAUUAUACGGAAGAUGUGCCAAGAAUGGUAUUACUUGUAUCACUAUUUCACACAGACCAGCCCUCGAAAAGUAUCACACUCAAAGACUUGUUUUCAAUGGUAUGGGUGGUUGGAAAUGGGAAGCCAUUAAGGAAUGGACUGAAGAAAGUUCUAGUUAUGAAGUUAAGGGUGAAGAUAAUACAUUCCGUGACGAUAAGGAAGAGGAAGCUGUUGAAGCAACCAAAGAAUAACUCGAUUCAAAAAAUACAAUUAAAUUAUUUAUUUCAAAUUC